AUGCGGACUUUUCAUACACCUCUUACGAUUAUUGAGACGCUCGCCAAGUCUCGUGGGGACUCUGCGGCAGUGAGAUAUCUGUUACCAGGGUCCUCUACUGAGUACAAGACGAUUACUUAUGCGGAAUACUGUGAUGAUGUUGAAAAUGCGGCAAAGAUCUGGUUAUCUGUUUUAUCACAGGCUGGCAUUGCGAAAGGUGCCGUAGUGGGAAUCUGGAUGAGAGGUUGGUCAUACCAGGAUCUUCUACACUAUCUGUCUCUCCAAAGAGCCGGCUUCAUUCCACAACUCUUCUCACUCCGCAUGACGAACCCUUCCGUUGUCUAUGAACUUCUAGGCAAGAGCAACGCUGCAGCCUUGAUCUAUGAUGCAAGCUGCGAGUCUUUAGUAAAAGAUUGCCCUCUUCCAACCUUCCUAAGCAAAGGUGCUUUGGAUAGAGCUACAACGGAGGAUGUUGAGCUUGAAAAGGUGACUACUGCUUUGAACGGCGAUCAAGUCUCAGUCAUUUUUCAUACUUCAGGCUCAACUUCAGGAAUGCCCAAACUGGUUCCAGCUACUGUCAGGUGGAUGGACUGUUUGAUUCGGAAGAACAAACCACAUACUCACAGCGGACCACAGCCUGUUUACUGCCUCAUGGGUUCUCAUGCCCAUUUAGGUAACACCAUCAAUCUCGUGGAAGCAUUAGCCAAUGGAGGUUGUUUGAUUCCACCCAAAACCAUUCCAUAUCCAACCCCAGAGCUACAGAGUAUGAUUGCGCAUGGCGGACUGACAGCCCUCAACAUCUUUCCAGCACUCCUCUCACUCUUCAUGCGUGACGCGCGCACAAACGCCGUGUUACUUGAGCAACUUCAGAGUUUGCAUCACAUCUUCCACGCUGGGCAAGUCCUUGAACCAGCGGAUCAAGCGUGGGCUCAUCAACAAGGGCUAAAGCUUAUUAACACCUAUGGCUCCACCGAGAUUGGACUGUCGAUGCGCGCAUCUGCCACUUCCCAAUACCUUACUCCAUUUCCAGAGUCAGGCUGUGAAUUUAUCUCUCUGGGCGGAAGCUCAUCUUCAUCGGAUCAACUUCUUGAACUUGUCAUCCCCGCUGAUGCGGAUGACUGUCCUCAUCCGUCACUCAGGGAUAAGGCGGAUGGCAAAUUCCAUACUGGUGACCUUUUUAAGAAGGUCGACACCGACCAGUAUUUAUACAAAGGGCGAGUCGAUGAUAGAAUCAAGAUGCAGCUGUCGCUUGUCUGCGACGCGGGAUCCCUUGAGACUGAAGCAAUGCAAGUCUGCGAGGCUGAUCUGAUAUCUGCUGUAUCUGUCAUUGGAUCUGGACGUCCCAGUCCAGCCAUUAUUGUCGAGCCCAAGAAUGACGACAUAUUAAAGUCUGGCGAUAACAGUUUGACGAAGUUCAAGGAAGAGAUACUGCGCAGGAUAUCACCCUUUCAUGCGCGCAAGUAUCUCCAUGAGCGAAUUGAAAACCCGCGCCUGGUCUUUGUUGUGCCUCAAGGAACACUACCAAGAACAGCAAAGGGAAAUAUUAUGAGAAAGGCAGUGGAAAGUAUGUUCUUUGAUCAACUAGAGAAGAGCUAUGAAGCUAUUUCAUCUGUGCGACGCUCCCACGGAGAUGAUGACUGA